AUGUUAUCAACAGCGGUACAGCACGAACGUGGGCCGCGUAAGCCGAAGCCACAUCCGAGUGCGCUAAGCUCGCUGCCAUCAGCGUUGGCGCACACACACAAACCUCACCCGUUGAAACUUUCACCGCCAUCGCCUUACGCGCCUCUUGCGCAACCUUUCAAUUUUCAGUUUAGUAUAAACGGCAUAAGUGAGCCUGCGCCACUAAGUACAGCAUCGUCUGCGGGUUCGAGUGGAGCGGGUGGAGCAGGCGCAGUCAGCCCUUUACCUCUUAUAACAGAGCCUUUCCUCGCGCCACCUCCGCCUGGACUACUGCAUAUGCUUAUGUCAAGUGAUAAAUGUCAGGAGCUUAUGUGGAGCGCAAAACAGUUGCAGCUUCAAGGAGACCCUUCACUAUUGCGUCCACCACCUAAUGCUUUCGGCACCCCUCUAGCACCGACAUGGGAAUUACUACAAGAAACAAGCGCACGAUUACUCUUCAUGGCCGUUCGUUGGGUUCGAUGCUUAGCGCCUUUCCAAGCAUUAGCUCCAAGUGACCAACUCGUAUUACUUCGUGCGGCUUGGAAAGAUCUGUUCGUACUUCAUUUGGCACAGUGGUCCGCGCCAUGGGAUCUGGCUCCUUUGUUGGCCGCACCGGCUGCUCGCGCGAGGCUACCGCCUGAGCCGUUGGCGGAUCUGGAAUUAAAUACGUUACAAGAAAUUUUAUGUCGAUUUAGACAAAUCGCACCCGACGGAAGCGAGUGUGGCUGUAUGAAAGCAAUCGUAUUAUUUUCACCAGACACACCAGGUUUGAGUGAGACUCAGCCUGUAGAGAUGUUGCAAGACCAAGCACAGUGCAUCCUUGCUGACUACGUACGAACUAGAUAUACACGACAACCUACAAGAUUCGGUCGCCUGUUACUCCUGCUGCCAUCUUUACGCGCAGUGCGGGCACGCUCGAUAGAGUUACUGCUAUUCAGAGAGACGGUGGGUGACGUGUCUGUAGCGACACUACUGCACGAUAUGUACAGGAUGCAGCCUGCGCCUACACCCGCCUUCCAACCUCCUCCCACAACUACUGACCCUUGUUCUUCACCU